AUGGCCAUGCAGAGCCAGCUUGCUGAUCACACAACCAAGGACCCUUCCAGUAGACAGCCUACCCAUUUUGGUGUGUGGAAGAAAGUGGAGUGCAAGCCUAUGUUGCUCCAUGCUGCUUCCCUCAAGUCCACCCAGAACAAUUGGCUGAAGGGUGCUCACCAACCUGGGCCAAAGAAGCACACACCUACUCUUCUGGUUCCACUUGUGGACAAAAACACCAAGUGUUAUCAUUGCCACAAGUUUGGUCAUUUCUCUCGCAACUGUCUGCAGAGGACUAAGUGCAUCAGCAUGCACACACUGCACACAAUGACUGCAAAGUUGAUCACUUGCCAAAAAUCAAUUGUCCAUCUUCCUGACAGCUUAUGGGUGUUCAUGCUUGCAGAUACCAGCUCUUCCCACAACUAUGCUGCUGGAGACUUCCUCGAGUUUCUGCAAAGGAACAGUAACCAAAUCACAGAGCACAAGCAUGGUUCAGAGGUCAUCCAGACUGCCUCUGGCAAGAUCACAACUGCUUUAAAAUUGGUCACAUUCCUGUUGACCAUUGCUGGACAAUGGGUGAUGCUCAAGACCCAAGCUGAAUUUGUCUGGCACAAUGACAAGCCUGCCCCCAGUUUGAAAUUGCAGAUCAAUGGACACAUGGUACAGGUCAGCUGUGACAUGAGCACUGAGGACUUGCCUACGAAGUCCUAUGACAACCCCCUCUACGAGUUGACCGAAGGAAGCCCUCGGAAGGGAGCAGCGAUUAACAUGAAGGAGCCUCAAAAGCACAUGUUUAACGAGCUAAAGGCGGUGGUACAGAAUAUGGUUCUUGGUCUUCCCCAGCUUGGCAAGCAUUAUUACAUUGAGUCAGAUGCAUCUGACACCACAAUUGGUGCUGUCCUAUCACAAGUUUGUUGUGAUUGGCAGGGCCAGCAGUUCAAUGACAAGGAGUUGCCCCCCAAGUCAGCCCUACAGCCAGUCGCCUUCUUCUCCAAGCAACUAUCCAAGAUGGAGAGGAACUACUCUGCCAGGGAGCGAGAGUUUCUUGGUGGCAUUGCCAGCAUGACUCACUUCUGCUGUUACAUUGACAGAGCACCUGGCAGGUUCACUUGGGUUCUGGUCACAAGAAGAAGAUCAGCUCUCAUUGGUCCUUCUGGGCCUACCACUCUUAAAAGGCUCACUGCCAAGGUGACCAACAGCGAGCUUGCUAUCAAGCCAGGCAUGGCAGAAGCAGUCACAGAGAUCAUAGCUUGUGAGAGCCAUCCCACCUGGCUCUACAACGAGCAGAAGGCGCUGUCCAUUGCAGAGACCACUGUCAGUCACGUGGACACAGGUGGACUUGAUGAUGGUGACAUAGCCAAGGCAUUACAGAAAGUGGAGCACUGGGUGCUAGAGUUGUUUGUCAAAGAUGGCCACCUAUUCUGCCUCAACAAACUUGGUUCUCAGGUAGUUGUCAUCACCUUGUUUGAGAGAGCUUGCUCUCUGACAAAGGCCUUACACAACAAAGGAGGACACCAAAAGCAGAGCACCCUCAAGAACCUGGUAAUGGAUUGGUAUGGAAAACCGUCAUCCGUCGUAUGCGAAAACCGGUCUCAUUGGUUCCCUCGACCACCUCCUCAGCAGAGCUCCUUCAUCGGAGAGGCCGACCUUCGUCGCUGGGAUGCCAUGGAAGCAGGGGAUACGCAGUCACCAUCCAACAAAGGUGAUCCUCCUGCAUCUCUGCCACUGCAGACGAAGACAAUGCCUCCCCCAAGCAGCUUGAUCCUCCAUCAUAAUCCCCUGCCCACAGCCAAAGCAACGACGAUGACUCCAGUUCCAAAGGAAAGGGUGUCAGCAGUCAUGCGCCUGGAACCCGAAGUCUAUCAUAAAAGCCUACUAAGAGCUUUCUCGGCAAAAUCUAUCAUAUAA